AUGGCCAGCGGAAAAGUCACUGACUGGGUUCUUCCCAGUGACAAGUCUGGCGAGUUCAAGCGCCAGCAGAGCUCCUUCCGGGACUGGGUGUCCAAGAAGCCUGGCUCUCAGUUCCCAGCAGAGAAGGGCCGGUAUCACCUGUACGUUAGCUAUGCGUGCCCAUGGGCAACCAGAACUUUGAUUGCGCGCAAGUUGAAGGGCCUGGAGGACAUCGUCACCUUCUCUUCAGUGCACUGGCACCUAGGCCAGAAUGGCUGGCGAUUUGCGACCCCAGAGGACAAGGACGCAGAGGGCGAGAAUGUCAUUCCCGACCCCGUUCAUCCCGACUUCACCCAUCUGCGCCAGAUCUACUUCGAGUCUAACCCUGACUAUCAGGGGCGCUUCACUGUACCGGUGCUCUAUGACAAGAUCCAAAAGAGAAUCGUGAGCAACGAGAGCAGUGAGAUCCUCCGCAUGUUCGGAACAGAAUUUGACGACAUCAUCGAGGAGAAGUACCAGAAGAUCUCACUAUACCCCGAGGCUCUUCAGAAACAGAUCGAGGAGACACACGAGUGGGUAUACGACAAGAUCAACAAUGGCGUGUAUAAGUCGGGCUUCGCCACGACCCAGGAGGCCUAUGAGCGCAACGUCGUCGCGCUUUUCGAGGCUCUUGACAGAGCUGAGAAGCACCUGGCCGAGAACGAGGGCCCGUACUGGUUUGGCAAGGACAUCACAGAGGUUGAUAUCAGACUUUACGUGACUAUCAACCGGUUCGAUCCUGUGUACGUGCAGCACUUCAAGUGCAACAUUCGCGACAUCCGCUCCGGCUACCCGCACCUGCACAAGUGGGUGCGCAACCUGUACUGGAACGUCCCGGCCUUCAAGGACACGACGAACUGGCUGCACAUCAAGAACCACUACACCAAGAGCCACACGCAGAUCAACCCGCACUCCAUCACGCCGGUGGGGCCGCUCCCUGACAUCCUGCCGCUGGACGAGGAGGUGGCUGCAGUGAAGGCCGCCGGCAGGCUGUGA